CAGACCUAUUAUCUUUUUCCAUCGCUUCCUGUUCGCGAUACGUACAGAGCAUGCACCACACACAAACCAUUCCACACGGGUUGGCCCCACGGACGACGCGUGGCGGACAUCCGGAGCAGGAAGACACGCAGACUUGUGAGGGUCUGUGUGUCUCGCGGCUCCGGCAGCUCCCGUACACGUUGCCCCAAGGCCGACAGAUCUCCCAAAGACGACCGACAGUCAGACUGUACACUCACUCUCUCACAUAGACAGACGUACGUGCUCAAGAGAUGCAGCAACACUCUAGGAGAGACGAAGCGAAGCCAUUGGUAUGCGACUCCACUCUGUCCCCGCCUCGCUCUCUCCCCCUCUCCCCUCCCCUGUCUUUCGUGUCCUCGUCUGUCCGUCCGAGGAUCAUUUUCAGAUAAGACAGACCAUUGAUUGCAUUUAUUGAUCGACAAUCAGUCAAUCGACAAGACAUAAAAACACCUCACCUUCAGCCUUGUCCGUCUUUCCCGGUCACUGCUGUCUGUGUCUGUGCCCCUCCGCCCCCCCCAUGUGUGUGUGCUGCCGUCCCUUCAGCGGUCGGGCCUCGUCGUCGGACGCACCACCCCUCCCCGCCGAACUAUCCGUGUCGCUCAGCGGCGCCACUACUGCAGUCACGCCCCUGGCCGACUUGCCAUGCCCAUGGCUGUGGCCAUGGGUGUCUGUGUGGCCGUUGCUGUGUGCGUGGGCGCCGUGGCCGUGGCCGCAUGAGAGUCCCAUUGCGUGGAUGGCCUUGUGCGAGAAAUAGUUGGACGACAGCAGGCAGGCCGACCCCAGCAGCCCCACCACCGUGUGGAUGAUGUCCAGCUGCUCCAGAUACAAUAGCCACCCCCACAAUACCGACACAACCGGGACGCUGGCGGAUAGGGAAUCUGCCGCUGCGUGGGUCAGGUUGGCUGCCGCGUGCGUCGCGUUGUCACUUGUGGGGUGCUGGUGGUCAUGAUUGUGGCUGUGGUUGUGGUUGUGGCCGUGGCCGUGGCCGUGGCCGUGCUUGUGCGGGUCUGAGUGGGCGGGGAUGUGGCUGAAGUACAGCAGGGCCACGCCGAAAGCCCCCAGAGCGAACAGCCGCAGAAUGCGGUGCCGCGUGUAGUUCAUCAGCACCGACAGCCCGCCGAUGGGCAGCAGCACCCAAAACACAGCCUGAACCAGCCACACACGAGAAGAAGAGACAAUGCCGCCUUGCAGACCAGACACGAGCCCAUCUCCGCCUGUCACGUGACAUGAGUUCGUACCACGUCCACGACAUCGUGGAUUCUCUCAUUGGUGUGUUCGCCGACAACCCCCAGCAGCGGUGCGAUGGCCAGCAGUGGCGGCAGCAGCACACACUCGAUGGCGCACAGCACCGACAGCACAGUCGUCGCAAUGAUGGUGGACGACUGAAUGCGCCGCAGCAGAGAGGGGGAGGGGGCGUGAGGGGACCGGGACGGCGAGUGCGAUGAGGAACUUGCAGACGGCGAAUGGCUGCAAAGCAAACACCCCAAACAAAGACGCAGAGACGGACAGCAGUGGUGCUGAUGAUUCGUUGAGCACUUCUCCUCUUCAUUUGUGUGGCUUCCCUACCCGUGGGCCUCUUCACGCGAUUUGUGUUUGUGCGUGUGGGUGCAGACGAGGUGUUUGGUGCUGCUGGUGGUGUCGGAGAGGGGUGACGAGUCGUCCGAGGAGCCGCUCGAGGAGCCGCUCAUGCUGGCACUGGCACUGUAACUGAUUUUGGCAACAAACGACGGCCCAGGACGUCCAAACUUAUUACAGCCAAGCCUCAGGCAGCCCACGAUAUGCGCUCAGACGCGCUUUUUCUUCUCGAUGGCACUUUUC